UUUUUGCCCUCUACCAGGGCCAAAGAUUGAUUUUUCACUAGAUAUUCACAGAUAUGUCUCUGGUUAAAUUCAUGGUUAUUCUCUGUACUGUAAUGAAAUUUCAAGGAUGAUUACAUAGCUGGUAAUUUUUGCAUGACAACUCGGGCACUGCCACUUAACAAGUAUCCCUGACAGCAAAUAAGACAGUUAAUUGCUCUUCUGCGACAAGAAAAAAAGCCCCUUAUGAAUAGUUUGUUACUUCAGGGUAUUCCUUCAAACCGAAUGACUAGUUUCAGCAGACAGACAAGACAAGAGAGGUUGUGUAACAAGCAUUAAUCACAUCAGCACAAACCCCAGCUCCCACUGAGCUCCUGUAGAGCAGCUUGAUGAGCUAGGUAGGGUGCUCUGCAACAUAUGCACCCUGGUUCCCGGGGGUGUGGUUUGCUUCUUCCCUUCUUACGACUAUGAGAAACUUGUGUAUACUUACUGGGAGAAAUCAGGGUGUCUAGUCAGGAUUGCAGCUAAAAAGAAGAUAUUCCGUGAGCCAAAGAAAGCCAGCCAGGUGGACUCCACUCUAACAGAGUAUGCCAACUGUAUCUAUAAUUCCACUGCUGUCUCAGGAGCUGUGUUGUUCUGUGUGGUAGGAGGCAAGAUGAGUGAGGGCAUUAAUUUCUCUGAUCAGCUGGGCAGGUGUAUUGUAAUGGUGGGUCUACCAUAUCCAAACAUAAGGUCACCAGAACUCAAAGAGAAAAUGGAUUAUCUCAAUGCAAAUGUGCCAAAAGGACUUGAUGGGAAGUCUGCAGGCCAGCAACACUAUGAGAAUCUCUGUAUGAAGGCAGUUAACCAGUCCAUAGGUCGUGCAAUUCGCCACCUCGCUGACUAUGCCACAAUCUUGUUACUUGACCAGAGGUACCAGCGGCCAUCUGUGUCCAGUCAGCUGCCAGACUGGAUAGCAAAGGAUUUACAGAAGAUGGACAAAUUUGGCAGUGCCUAUGCAGCCAUUAGAAAGUUUUUCAGUGGUAAGAAGUGAUGAGACAGAAGCAGAAGCUGUUAUAUGUAAUCUGAGGAGUGAAAGGGAGGAGUAGCAUGUUUGCCAGGUCUUUGUUCCUAGUUGUCCAUCUUUUUUUCUUAAAUUGUGUGCAUAAAAUACUUGGGAGUAGAUAACUUCUUAUUUCUUAACAAUUAAAUACAGGUAAAACUUAAGUUUAAUUUAUUUUUAUUCUUAUAAACAGAUGACUUCACAUUUAUUGCUGAGCAUGAAGUAUCUGAUAUUUAUCUAAGUAUUUAUGUUUGUUUAUAUUUGUGUACUGUUACGUACAUUAAUUAGUACAUAAGCAGAAAUGUGUACUGCAUUCUGAUAUUUUUGUUAUGUCAGUCUUUAUAUGAUCAUGUUGAAAAGUUAACAUAUUUUCAUAAAUAAAGAAGU